AUGGCUGGGUCAAGUUGGUUCGUACACAAUUCCACGCUCUUCAAGCUGUUGGGCGCUUCAGCCGGCGCCGCUGGCGUGGUCUACACCUUCAAUCAGGGCGUGAGUUUGACGUUUUUGAAUUUUAAAUUUAAAAAUUUUGGUUUUAGUUUUUGAAUUUAAAUUUUUAAUUAAUAAAAGAUUAUUUUUUCUAAGAUUUGUUGAUAUACUAAUGGUUUUAAGCCUAAAGCUUUGACUUUCCACCAUUUCCAGGCCGAAAUGAAGAAGAAAGAGAAGAGCUCCUCGAGCAAAGAUUGUGCUGUCGAUGCAGCGACGAUCAAAAAGAUUGAAGAAGCUUAUGCCAAAUUGAAUGGUCCGGAAGCCGUCAAAUGCAAGUCGUUGUUGAAGAAGCACUUGACCAAAGAUGUGGUUGAGCAAUGCAAAUGUAGAAAAACCAAGCUUGGGGCUACGUUGUACGAUGUCAUCCGGUCGGGAGUCUACAAUUUGGAUGCUGGUGUUGGUGUCUAUGCUCCGGAUGCUGAGUCUUAUAAGGUAGGGGUUAGAAAUUUGGCUUUUUUUAAUUUUGAAAUUUAAAACUUUUUUAAUUUUUUUUGAAAUUUUCUGUUUUUUUUUGCCAUUUCAACCUAGUUUUUAACCUUAUUUUAAAAAAUUUAAAAAAGUUAUAUUAUCCUAGACCUUUAUCAAUAUUUUCCCCAAAUUCCAAAAAUUACAGUAACCCAAAUUUCAGACAUUUGCCCCGCUCUUUGACAAGAUCAUCGAGGACUACCACGGCUUCGGACCUAAACAAAAGCAACCUCCGGUCGAUUUGGGCGACGGAAAGACUAAGAACUUCCCUCCACUCGACCCCAAGGGCAAAUACAUCAAGUCGACGCGUAUUCGAUGCGGCCGCUCCUUCCAGGGGUACCCGUUCAACCCGCUGCUGAAGGCCGAGGACUACGAGAACAUGGAGAAGAAGGUGAAGGCCGUCUUCGACACGGUCACUGACAAAGAAUUGAAAGGGAAGUACUAUCCUCUGACUGGUAUGAGCAAGGACACCCAGAAUCAGCUGAUUGCCGACCACUUUUUGGUAGGUUUUGAUUUUGAGUUUUUGAAAAAUUUUGGAAUUUUUGAGCUUGGUCCCCCUGUGGGAAAAAAAUUAAAAAAAUUUUUUUUUUAAUUUUUUUAACUAAAACAAUCUUUUUCAGUUCAAAGAAGGCGAUCGCCACUUGCAACACGCCAAUGCCUGCAACUUCUGGCCGAAAGGACGUGGCAUCUUCCACAACAACAACAAGACCUUCUUGGUGUGGGUGAAUGAAGAAGACCAUCUUCGUUUGAUCUCGAUGCAAGAGGGCAGUGAUGUUGGUGCUGUUUUGGAUCGUUUGAUUCGUGGAGUCAAGGCCAUUGAAGCCAAAGUGCCAUUUGGCCGUGAUGACAGAUUGGGAUACUUGACCUUCUGUCCCACCAAUUUGGGUACCACCGUGCGCGCUUCAGUCCACAUCAAGCUUCCAAAGACGUCGGCUCGCAAAGACUUUAAGCAGAUCUGCGACAAGCUGCAUUUGCAAGUGGGUUUUGAAUUUUAAAAAUUUUUUUUUAAUUCUUAAAACUUGAAGUUAAAAAUUUUUUGUUUUAUUUAGUUUUUAGGCUUUAAAGUAAGUUUGAUAUGGGAUAAAAUAAAAAUUUUUUAAAAAUUGGAAUAUUUUUAAGCCUAAACCUUCAUUUUGGUUUGAUUAAUCCAAAAAUUUUAUUUUCAGGUACGCGGAAUCCACGGCGAACACUCGGAGAGCGAAGGCGGCGUCUUUGACAUUUCCAACAAGGCUCGACUUGGAAUGAAUGAAUACGAGGCUGUCAAGCAGAUGUACGAUGGAGUCAAGGAAUUGAUUCGACUUGAAGAGGAAGCGUGA